CAAGGUGUCUUUGCUAAAAUCUGUUCACUUGCAACAAUGAUUUGGACGAGAUGGGCUUGCAUUCUUUCUUUCAUCUUGUUUUUUGCCCGCAUAGCAGCUGUAUCGAUUAACCAUCUUUCUAAAGGAAGUGUAUAUGAUGGAGAAUUUGACGAACAGAAGGAUAUUUCAGAAAUCAACUUAGCUGCAGGAUUGGACCUCUUUCAAGGGGACAUCCUCCUGCAGAAUUCCAGAAAUGGCCUGAGAGAUCCAAGCACCAGGUGGAAGUUCCCCAUUCCUUACAUCCUGGCUGACAAUCUGGCACUGAAUGCCAAAGGAGCCAUUCUCUAUGCCUUUGAAAUGUUCCGCCUCAAGUCCUGCGUGGAUUUCAAGCCCUAUGAAGGCGAGAGCUCAUACAUCAUCUUUCAGGAGUUUAGUGGGUGCUGGUCUGAGGUUGGUGACCAACAUGUAGGACAGAACCUCUCCAUUGGUCAGGGAUGUGACUAUAAAGCCAUCGUUGAACAUGAGAUUUUGCAUGCUCUGGGGUUUUACCAUGAGCAGUCAAGGACGGACAGAGAUGAUUAUGUGAAUAUCUGGUGGGAUGAAAUACUUCCAGGUUACCAGCACAACUUUAAUACCUAUGAUGACAACUUCAUCACAGACCUCAACACACCCUAUGAUUACGAGUCUCUGAUGCACUACCGGCCUCUCUCGUUUAACAAGAAUGAUAGUGUCCCUACCAUCACGGCCAAGAUCCCUGAGUUUAACUCCAUCAUUGGGCAGCGUAUGGAUUUCAGUGCCAUUGAUUUGGAGAGGCUGAACCGAAUGUACAACUGCACCACAACUCAUACCUUUUUGGACCAUUGUGAUUUUGAGAAGGCAAACAUCUGUGGGAUGAUUCAGGGUACCAGAGAUGACACUGACUGGGUCCAUGAGGACAAUACUCAGCCUGGACAAGUGGAUCACACCUUGGCGGGACAAUGCACAGGCGCCGGCUACUUCAUGUACUUGAACACCAGCUUCGGGGCAGCGGAGGAGGCGGCCAUGUUGGAGUCUCGGAUUCUUUACCCAAAGAGGAAGCAGCAAUGCCUGCAGUUUUUCUAUAGAAUGUCAGGCAGCCCUUCAGACAGACUGGUCGUCUGGAUCAGGAGGGAUGACAGUACUGGCAACGUGCGCAAGCUGGUCAAGGUGAAGACCUUUCAAGGAGAUUUUGACCACAAUUGGAAAAUUGCCCAUGUGACAUUCAGAGAGGAAAAGAAGUUUCGCUACCUUUUCCAGGGCACAAAAGGUGACCCCCAGAACUCGAGUGGGGGAAUUUACUUGGAUGACAUCACUCUGACGGAAACCCCAUGCCCCACGGGGGUUUGGACAGUCCGGAAUUUCUCCCAGGUCCUGCAGAACACGGUGAAAGGGGACAAACUCCAGAGCCCUCGAUUCUAUAAUUCAGAGGGCUACGGUCUGGGGUUAAGCUUGUACCCUCAGGGCAGAACGAGCUCUGGGAGCUCUGGGUACUUGGGACUCACCUUUCACCUGUGCAGUGGAGAGAACGAUGCUGUCCUCGAGUGGCCAGUGGAGAACAGACAGGUGAUCAUGACAAUACUCGAUCAAGAAGCCGAUGUCAGGAAGAGAAUGUCCUCCAGCAUGGUGUUUACUACCUCCAAGACCCAGACGUCUACAGCUAUAAAUGGCUCCGUCAUCUGGGACAGGCCCUCGGUCGUGGGGUCCUAUGACAACAGCUGUGACUGUUUCAGAAGCAUUGACUGGGGUUGGAGUGCUGUCAUCUCCCACCAAAUGCUGAAAAGGAGAAGCUUCCUUAAAAAUGAUGACCUUAUAAUUUUUGUGGACUUUGAAGAUAUCACCCAUCUUAACCAGACUGAAGUUCAAGUUCAAAACAGCAGGCUGAGCCCCCAAGGCCUUGUUCUCCAUGGCCAGGAGCAGCAGACCUCAGAAGAUUCGAGAAAGGCCCCCUUAGAGACAGCCCUCCUGAGCAGCCUGGACCAGGGGCAGAGCAGCCGACAGAAGCGGUCAGUGGACAACACGGGCCCCUUGGAGGACCACAACUGGCCACAGUACUUCAGAGACCCGUGUGACCCGAACCCUUGUCAAAACGAGGGCAUCUGCGUGAACGUGAAGGGCAUGGUGAGCUGCAGGUGCGUCUCAGGUCACGCCUUCUUCUACACAGGGGAGCGAUGUCAGGCCAUACAGGUGCACAGCAGCGUCCUAGGCCUGCUGAUCGGAGGCGUGGCCAGCGUGAUCUUCUUGACCUUCACCAUCAUCUCCAUCCUUUACCAAAGGUCAAGGCAGUGAUGCCCAAGGAUGUCAGCCAGAAACAGAAAUGCCCCCUGCCCUUGGGCCCUCCCUUUGCUUCCGCUGCUCAGUGUAGUUUGGGGCUGUUUUCUUCAGCCUCGUUUUGCCUCCAGCCUCCUGUGUGACCCUUCUGUUUUCUAUACCCCUGCCCCCACAUGGUUCUGUUACCCUGCUCCGUGCUCCCAAUGUACCCAGGGUGUCCUGUGACAGCACUCAUAUCACUUGAUUGUAAAUUAUUUCUUUAACAGACUGUCUUUCUCAAAGACGGUAAGCUCCAUGUGGGCAGACCCUCCUUUACCAUGUUAGCCCGAUGCCUGGGAGCCUGCCUGGCCCAGCACGGGGGAUCACUUAACAAAAGCAAAUGAAUGGACCAAUAUCUGAAUGAAUAACUAAGCUAUAGAAACUCUCUGCUUUCGACUGCAGGUAAGACAUGGACAAUGAAAUGCACACUUCUUUUUGUACCAGAAUCCAAUUCUCAAAUACCUGUUUUUCCAUCGGACACAAUAGUGUUAUUAUUCUUUGAGGAUCUUGUGUGUUAAAGAAUUUUAAAUAAAGGCUUCUCCA